AUGAGCCAUCACUGCAGUGUAUUUAAAAACUCAUGUUUGAGAGUACCGGUAGAUCCAAUUAGCAAAAUGCCUAAAACCGCCUAUGAGAGAAAACCGAAGACGCUUACAGAGCAGAAUUCUGUUGAUUCGGUAUCUACGACGUGCUCGGUUUCCACGGCCGAUGUUGACGCAGAGAAGCUUAAAGAUUUCUACCGCAGUAUACCCGAUUACAAUGAAAUUAAUCAUUUACCUGCAGAACAGUUCUAUUCUACGCUAAAAUCCCUCCGUGAAAAGAAAAAGAUUAUGUUAGGUCUCGCCGUUGAUCACAUCGACGAGUGUAACCAUCACCACAAAAUAACAAUUGAGAGCGCUAUAACCACAGCGGGUGAAAUGAUUCGACCGUCUUCAAUAAAGAAUACUAAAUCUAAAUUGAAUCAUACCGUAAGAAGAAAGUAUUCUGCGGACAUGAAAGAUCCGGAAACAGCAAAAUUUAAAAAUGAUGCUGAUAAAACUAGACUCGACCUUUUAUCCACAAAGGCUUCAAGUACAUUGAAGAGACCCACUAGAAGAUGUGUGAUUACCGAUAAAUCCGAUAAAUACAUACACGAUGAUUUAAAACUGUCUCCAGAAGUCAGCAAUCUGAAAGAUACUUCAUUAAGGAACGAUCGUCCUAAGAGAAACCCAUCGGCUAAUUCUAUAUCAUGGAACGAUAUUAAAGAUGAUAGGAAGACGGAAGUUGAUGAGAAGUUCGAUCAGUUUUUCGAAGGUAGAAAGUAUACCAGUCCAAGGAAAGUGAAUAUCGGUGAUGAUUUUCAGACUCAAAGUAUGCCAUCGAGUCCCCUGCGAAUGAAACGCGCAAAAUCUCCUAUGCGAAGACGGAAAAGUAUCACUGUACCUAAACCAUUCAAAAUGACUGAAAGGGAUGAAGAAGAUCGCAUAGUGACAGAGCUUCGGAGUCUACGGAAGUCCUUCUCAGACGACAUGCUUCAUCAGAAAUGCGAGAGGCAACAGUUCCGUGCUAACCCUGUGCCCAUCGAGUCUCGGAUCCCACUCUACGACAAGAUACUAGAGGACCAAGCCAUGAGACGGGCAAUUACAAAAAUCAAUAGCGAAGCCGAGCUUCGGGCUCAGAUGAAGCCAUUCAGCUUUACUAAGAGAGAUGAAAAGAUGGGAGGCGUGUGUGAACGAGCAAUCCAGGGGCUGCCAAAAUGUAAAAAGAAAAAGCGGUUCAGAGCUCGCCCUUUCCCUAAGAAUCUGUUUUCCAAUUACUUCUAUGAAAAGAUGCGAGAAGAUGAGUAUUUUCGAAGGAUGAAUCGACGAAUCCGUGCCGAAGAGAUGCUGAAGUGCGCUAACCCGCCAAGUUCUUUGGCCGCUCGUGAGCGGAGCCGGUUGUCGACACCAGCUGCCCACAGCGACCUUCCCAUAGACCCUUCACCUGCAGCGGGGUCUUCCACAUCUUCUGACAGACAGAGAUGCUCAAGCCCCGUCAAGGGUAGAAGAGGACUCAAAUCCAACAAGGAGGAUUUCAUUACAACCAGCCCUCAACCCUUUAAGUUCAACACUGCUGACAGAGCUGCUAAAAAAAUGGAAGAUAUAACCAGGAAGAUCUACUUGGAGAGCAAAAGCAGUAGUAGCAAAGGUAUGGGCCCUAACGAGGGUCCAAGGGCAUAUUCAGCUCUAGAUUUGCGCACUGUAGCAACAGGGAGGUCUAAUCUAGCUGCAUUGUUGAGAGCAGAAGCAGUUCGGCGAAGGUUUGACCUGGAUCAAGCCAGACGGCUAGCAGAGCAACAACGAAGAAUGGAACUGAGAGCACGAGACAAGCUUUUAAGGUCAAAACCUUCUUGGCAUCUUGUUAAAAACAAUCACGCAGAAGACAUAGCCAUGAGGCUCCAGACACGCAGAGAUGAGGAGAGGAUGCGACGUGAGGAGUUCCUACACGAGAUGGAACUUAUGUACGGGAGGGUUCAGGAACAGCCGAUGCUAUUUGAAAGAUACUACGCACCACGGUCACAUUCAGCACCCAUAGACUCCAUACAACUAUCUCCAAGGAAGCAGAAGAAACGGAGUACGAAGAAAAACUGUUACGGCAGCCCGAGUCGAUCUCGUAAAGUGUCAAUUAAUGACACUCCUGAAGCGUUCAACGGUGACGUGGCUGAAUACCUCAACAGGAUUGAUAAUGAUGAUAUUUCCGAUUCUGAAGUUAUAUCGACAGUGACGGAGGAAAAUAGAAAGUUCGUAAGUGUUCUAGAUCGUGCUGUUAGAUAUUAA